CUGAAUGAAACAAAGGAAGACUAGAAUAAUAAAUAAGAGAAGUGUGCAACGUCAACAUGAUUCUUGUACUCAUUCUCCCGAGAGAGUGAACGACCUACGCGUCAUCGCUUCCCAUAAGAGAGGCUUCAAAACUUUAUUUUGUUUCUGAGAAAUGAAGGAGAUUAUGGAAGUGGAAUCUGGUGUUACAACUCCAAGUGCUCUUCUUGAUGAUGAUGGCAGAACCAAACGAACUGGAACAGUAUGGACUGCGAGUGCACAUAUCAUAAACGCAGUUAUUGGGACUGGAGUGCUGUCCUUACCAUGGGCUAUGUCCCAAAUGGGUUGGGGUCUUGGAAUAUCCUGCAUUUUCAUCUUUGCUGGUGUUACACUCUACACUUCAAAUCUUCUUGCUGAUUGUUAUAGAUCACCUGAUCCUGUUACUGGCAAGAGAAACACAACUUACAUGGAAGCUGUCAAAACUCACUUAGGUGGAAAACAACACGUGUUUUGUGGAUUGGUCCAAUAUGGCAACCUUGCUGGCUUUACUAUUGGCUUCAUCAUAACAACAUCUACAAGUAUAGUGACGAUACUUAAAAACAAUUGCUUCCGGAAGAAUGGGUUUGAAGCUCCAUGCCGUUUUUCUAAUAAUCCAUACAUGAUUGGUAUUGGAAUAAUUGAAAUAAUAUUAUCUCAAAUCCCCAAUUUUCACAAGUUAUCUGUGCUAUCAAUCAUAGCAGCUUCCAUGGCUUUCGGCUACGCAUCCAUCGGUGUUGGACUUUCACUUACUACCGUUAUCCAAGGGAAUGUAAAGAGCACAUCAUUUUCGGGAAGCAACAAGGGGCGUAGUUCAGCAGAUAUAGCAUGGAAUAUCCUUGUUGCAAUUGGAGACAUUGCACUUGCCAGUGCCUACACUCAAAUUGCAGUAGAUAUACAAGAUAGUCUGAAAUCAUCACCUCCAGAAAAUAAAGUGAUGAAGAGGGCAAACAUGAUUGGUAUAUUCACUAUGACAAUUUUCUUCUUGUUGAAUGCAUGUGCUGGAUAUGCUGCAUUUGGCUCAAACACUCCUGGUAACAUACUCAUGAGCUCUGGCUUUCACAAGCCCUUCUGGCUAUUGGAAUUGGCCAAUGUCUUCAUAAUUGUGCACCUUCUAGGAGCAUUUCAGGUAAUAGUUCAACCUUUAUUUCGUAUAGUGGAAAUGUUGGCUGCCCAAAAGUGGCCAGACUCAAGUUUCAUAACAAGGGAAAUUCCAAUGAAGAUUGGCCAAAUAAAAUACACCAUCAACCUCUUUAGGUUAGUUUGGAGGACUACAUUUGUUGUGGUGGUAACUGUUCUAGCCAUGGCAAUGCCCUUUUUCAAUGACAUGAUUGCCCUUCUUGGUGCCCUUGGGUUUUGGCCUUCAGUGGUGUAUUUUCCGGUGGAGAUGUACAUUGUGAGACAAAAGAUCAGAAAAGGAACAUUUCGUUGGUUUGGGCUUCAAACAUUGAGCCUUUUCUGUUUACUUGUGUCAUUGGCUGCAGCAAUUGGAGCUAUUCAUGGGUUGAGUCAAGCUAUUGGCAAAUAUAAACCUUUUAUGUAUAAGGCAUAGUGAGUGUGCUGCUUUGUAUGUAUUAUUAUGGAUCAUAUAAUAGUAUAAUCAUACAACUUUGUAAACCAUAGUAUGGUUAUUGUCUGUGUCUGAGUUUGAUGAUAUAGAUUUUAGACUAUGCUUAGGAAUGAAAUAAACGAAGGGAAAAAUAAUUCUGCUGCA